UGGCAAGGCAUGAUCCGACCGUAUCAGGCCGUAAACGGCUCGUUCGGUUUACGACUUGAAUCCCUUAACACUCGGGAGAACAGAGCGUCUGAUCCACACAUCCACACAUCACCACUUUCUUCGUGGAGUUCCAGGACAUGAGUUUCUCCUUUGCCCGCGGCGGCGUCCUUCACUCUAUUCUAUGUUUCGUUGUGAUGAUAACUCUUAAAACUCAUGAGUCAGACAAUUGCAAGGCUGCACGCCUCGUGCAGUAUUGCUCAAAUUCUCGAAUGGGAGAGCACAAUUGCGCGAGCGGGUGCCUAUUGCUUCUCGACAAAAAUGAGUACUUUUCGUUUGAUCUGGGCUGCCACUGGACUUCAAGGCCUUGACUCCGUCCUACUCGUUCACCUUUCGUAGGCCUUGCCAACCUCCA